CCUCAGAUCGGAAUAAGAAACUCAAGGGGUGACUUUUAACAAAUGUCAAUGUCCUCCGCGUAAAUCUAAAACCUUCACUUUCUGCACAGCAAAAGCCAAACUCUUUGUAUUCUUUUCCUUCUGAUUUAUCAUUUUCUUGUUCAUUGAGUAGUUCAAUUAUCCGAAAAGCGUUUUGUCUCCACAAAAUCAGAAUCCCUUAGUGGUCAGAGAACUGAAAUAGUGUAAGUUGAAGAUGGCGAGCGAGAACAAUACCCAGAUCUACCACGAGCGCCAGAAGCUUCAGUUUUGCCUCUUACACGCGCUCAACAAUCUCUUCCAGCAAAAAGAUGCGUUUACUCGACCGAGAUUGAAUGAGAUUGCUGCAAAACUUGUUCUUGAAGAACCCAACAAGGAAACAUGGACACCCUUAUCUCUGCUCUUUAAACCCCAUCAUAAUGCUCUUACUGGAAACUAUGACAUAAAUGUGCUAAUUGCUGCUUUAGAAGAUAAGGGGAAGAAUGUGGUUUGGCACGAUCGUCGCAAGGGGGCUAAUUCGAUUGAUCUAGAUGGGGCUGAAGAUGCUUUGAUGGGUAUUCUGCUUAAUGUUCCGGUUAAAAGGUUUGCGGGGCUGUGGAAAAGUAGGCAUUGGAUUACGUUGAGGACGAUUGAUGAUGUUUGGUACGAUUUGGAUAGUGAUCUUGAUGCUCCUCAGGCUUUUGAAGAUAGUGGAAGAGUUAGAGAGUUCUUGGAUUACAUCAUUGGGCAUGGUGGAGAGGUUUUGCUUGUUCUGAAUAAUAAACAGUGAGUUUGUUUCCCUGAAUGUAUCUUAUCUAUAGAAUUUCCAAAUGCUGUACAGAAACUCUGCCUGUAACAAUUUUCAUACAGAAUUAGCUCACAGAAGAAAAAGUUUCACUUCUGAGGCUUGUUCCUGUUCCCUCAGUGUAUCUUCUGUUUUAUUGCAUAAGGCUACUGAGGUGUUUUAGGAAUUAAUGGUGUGAUGGUAGAUUGGUAGGGGUUGCCAAAGAUGCUGCUAGAUGAUUUCUGUAAUUACAUCUUUGGUGAUCUUGAAAGGGUUUCUCAGCUGAUAUCGACACGACCGCUUUCUAAGUUGAUCUUUCCCAGAAAUGCUAAAGAUUUGCUAUUAGUGAGUUGUAUGAGUGUGGAUUGUGGAACAUUUUGUGGACAUAAUGGAAAGAUAUAUUUCAUGUCA